UUUUUUUUAGCUAGCCUUCAACUAGAAUCAUUCAUCAGCACAAUUUUAAUGAAUAAUCAUGUUCUACUUUUACAUGUUCUGUAUAAUGUCGUUCUGAAUAUAAAUAGGCUAACCAUGUAUGCCCUCUAAAACGCUCCAGAACAGCGUGUCAUUUCCCCUGGCUCACGUACAGUAGGCCUAUGUUAGCACACGCCUGGAAACUUUGCUGGAAACCGGCGUGAGGGAGGGCAUUGGGCAAGGCGCGCUGAUUUCAAUGGAUCCAGUUUCCUCCGUCUGUGUGCACUGCCGUGCCUUCGCCUCGCUUGAACAUGGAUUCCACAGUGACAUCAAGAGGAAGGAAUGCGGAAGGCCACGCCAGGGUUUCCCACCGUGCGAAUCUAACACGCUCCGCGCUGCGCACUCAGAGCGCCGACCUCUGCAUCAAGGUAGCCCACACCUACAUAGGAAUCACUCAUUGUAUGGCAAGUUAAGGUGCAGCCUAAAAUUUUAUUUAAAAAAUAUAAAAUGAUUAAUAAAAAGCAACAUGCCCAUCUUUUAAUUACGAUGUUUUUUUUUUUUCAUUUUGUGAUGUCGUGAUUCAACACAGGAUGGCUAUUCAAGACAGUCAUGUGGAAUUGCUGGCUUCGUCAGAAGUGCCUUUUUCAAAUAUUUGGUUUCGUGUAAGGGCAAAAACCACACGUGGCCUACAAAGGUUUUUUUUUUUUUUUUACAGGGAUGACUAUUUCUGUCACAACCAGAAUGCAACAUUAUAUGCCUAAAUAUGUUGUGCUCAUCGUGAGUGUGUCGGCUACCUAACCUAAAUUAUAAGCCAACAUGUUAAUUGUUGUGGACAAUCUUUCUCAUCGUUUAAUUGUAGCUAUGAGAUAUCCGAACAGUCUACUUAAAGUGACAAAUUGGUCUCUGGCAACAUUACCGCUAUUAUGCCUGAGAUUUCCAUUCUGCAAGAGCAAUGAAUGACCUCUGCAAGUCCUUCACUCUUCCAAGAGGCGACUUAAAUUCUUCCCGGCUUUGACUGGGGCCUGAACAGAUGGAGGGAAUUGCAGUAAAUAUAAUUUCAAGCAUCAGGCAGCCUGUGCUGCUGACGGCACAGCCGCACUCAAGUAACUGUCAUCUCCAAAAACAUUUGGGAUCAAAACCGGACGGUUGUGGUGGUACAGAGGCAGAAAACUGUCUAAAAAAGGGUUAUGCUAAUCAGAAACAUCAAAACAGACGUAUGCACACACCACCAUGCAGACUGAAGUAGCCCAGGCAAGCACGCGUGCGCGCACACAUAGGCUACACACACACACACACAUGACGCAUGUUGCAGGGUUCUUACCUGCUCUCACAAGCAGUUGUUAAUAUCUGUCAAACUAUCACUUGUGUGCAAUAUAAAAGGUGAAUUUGAAUCAACAACAAGCUAAUCACAAAUUAAUAGGAACAAAUAUUAAAUUGUGUCCAAAAUCAGACCUAUACGUCAAUGAUCACUGGCCACUUGAUAGCCUCUCACAUACUGGCUUUACACUGAGCUCCACCGACAAUAAUACCGAGGAUGCUUUACAAACAAUAGGCUAAUUGAAAACCCCUCAUUUGCCACAUUUUCGUAAUGAGGUCAUUCUUUGCAUUAAAUCAUAAUGCCAUUCAGUUAAGAUCCCAGAUCCGGUAAGGCCGCGGUUUGUUUUCUUAUGUAUUAGUGACGCCAAUUAGUUUACUGGGACAAAUGAAGAAUGUGGGAGCGUUCACGUUCUGGGCGGGAUAGGCUAGGCUGUAUGCCUCUCUGGACAACCAGCAACACGUGAUCGUGUCCCCGAAUUCCCAACUUUGUGAGCUGAAUAGCGCAUCUGUAGGGGCAGUGUCACCCCCAGCUUCGCACCAGCCGUCCAUAAAUUAACUGGUUAAAAAUGACUGCAAGCUACCUAUGAGAUUUUUACUUUAUAUAAUUAAUUCUGUCUGAAAUAGCCAUAAUUGCUAUUGGCCAAUUAUCACUGCUUACAUAGGCUAUUUAACAAUAGGUCUAUACUCUGACAUGGAAAUCCGGGUCAUAUAUGUAGUCUGCACCACAGAUGGUAUUUUCAAUAUAGCCUAUUCAUGUCAAAUUAGUUUUUAAAAUAAAUAAUAUUGGGGAAAAUGACUUCAGUAGGCUAUUAUUGAGUUAUUUAGUUGUUGUAGGUCUAUUUAGUUGUUUAAAUUCAGUUUCAAGUAAUGUAUCAGUCAUGUUACAAUUAUCACAAUGCUUUAAUUUACAAUUGUAGGCAGAACUGUUUUAAAAUAUUAGCAAUUUAUGCAAAUGCAUUGACCAACAUGCGACGCAGGAGUUUAGCCUAUAACUGUGAGGGGAAAACACCCGUAGUCGCCUAAUUUAGCGAAUGUAGCCUAAUCUUAGGCUAUGGGAUAGACUAAAUGUUGUUGUGAAGUUGGCUAUUAAGCAACCUAAUGUGGAGAAAAAUAACGAACACAGGCUAACUUCUUUAUUUGGCGAUGACGAUUCUAUAAACCCGAGCGGAUUUUAUUUCCUUUAAAUGUUAUUUUGUAGGCCUAUAUUGAGAAAUUCAAGAUGAUUAUAGUCAACAAAUCAAUUGGCCUGUUCAUGAAUUUGCAUAGUCACAAUAACACAAAUUGAUUAGCCUAAAUUAGCUUAUUAAUAUAAUUAAAACUUUAUGAUCCAUUAAUUAUACCCUAAAAGUCGCGCCCCCAUUCUUGUCAACGUCCUCUAAAUUAUUUCUCCAGGUGUCCUGGGUAGGCGAGGCUACAAGGGCAGUUCGUCGCUUUGACUCCGGCUAGGCAAGUCGGAGGAGCGGAGUGGGAAGUGGAAUAAUGCACCUGUUCUUCGUUGGUCGACCCCUGUGACUACAGUACCCACGUAACAUUGCGCUGUCUCCCUCAUUCUCUCUUGCUCCGUGCUCUGCGCCAGUCUGUUCGAGGAACCAGUUCGCUUGGCCUUUUUUCUGCCUUCUCACUGUUGCCUGGUGUCAACCUACACCGAGAAGCGACAUCCCUCCCUCUUCCCCCCUCAGAGGUUGCUUCCAAUUUGCUUUCGCCUUUCUUAUCGUCACUACCAUUGGCUUCUGCGCUGCCAGUCAGUCGCUUCCUUUUAGCAGGAGAGUUGAGUAGCAACAGCUCGGAAACAUCUGGCUGCCGCAGCUCUUCGCUCUCCGCUCGCUCGCUCGCUUGCCCCGUCUUUCCUGCUACUGCAGGUUGUUAUGGAAAGCUGCUGAAAGUCAAUCUAGUUAUUUUUCAACCGAGAAGGAUCUGAAGGAGGAAACAGGAACAUAUCGGAUCUCGCUGUCUUUCACUCCCUCAUUGCAAAGGAGUUGCCUACAGCCUGCUUCACUGUCACACUGGACUGAAACAAGUUCAUGUAUACUGCAGGUUAUGAAGACAGCAUGGAGUUCCCUGACCACAGCAGGCAUCUCCUCCAGUGUCUGAGGGAGCAGCGACACCAGGGCUUCCUGUGCGACUCCACGGUGCUCGUGGGCGAGUCGCAGUUCCGGGCCCACCGAGCCGUGCUGGCGUCCUGCAGCAUGUACUUCCACCUCUUCUACAAGGACCAGCUGGACAAGCGAGACGUGGUGCACCUGAACAGCGACAUCGUGACCCCGCCGGCCUUUGCCCAGCUGCUGGAGUUCAUGUACGAGGGCAAGCUGCACUUCAAGACGCUGCCCGUGGAGGACGUGCUGGCCGCCGCCAGCUACCUGCACAUGUACGACAUCGUCAAGGUGUGCAAGAAGCGGCUGAAGCAGAAGAAGGCCACAGCCGAGGCGGACAGCACCAAAGCGGCGACGCUGGCGGCGCCCGGUCCAGCUGCUCGACAAGGGCGAAAACUUCGGGAUGGCAGCACGGGCCGGCCGGCGACGGCCGACCUGCUGCUGGCCAGCGACGACGACGAGGCGGACGUGAAGCGCGACCUGGCGGCAGCGGCGGGCAUGUGGAUGCGGCUGACCUCGUCGGAGCGCACGGCCACGCCAGCGGUCGCCAGCAGCCCCGGGGAGGGCGAGGGAGUGGGAGCCACAUCGGGGAGGAAGCGGCCGGCCGACAGCAGAAAGUCGCCGGCCGGGAGCCCCAGCAGCUCCACGGGCUCGCUGUCGCGGCGGUCAGUCGCCUCGCGGAGGGUCUCGUCGGACGCCGACUGCGUGCUGGACCUGUCGGUCAAGUCGGGGCUGGGCGGAGGCCCCGGGGAGGUAGUGCCCAGCCUGCCGUUCCUGUUGGGUGUCGGCGGCGGGGGAGGAGGGACGCCGGACAGUCUGGUGCAGGGCGGACUCGUGCAGGUGAAGCUCGAGAAGGACACGGGCUCGGACGAUGAGGACAUGGUGACCAACGACUACGACAUGGAGAACGGGUCAAGGAGCGGACGUCCUCGGCCGCCCUCUCUCCUCCUACCGGGCGGCAACGGCAACCCCAACCACGGCACGGUAGGGGCGGUGCUCUCCGCGGCCCAGCGGCGCUUCGGACUCGAGGCGCACCUGUCGGCGUUGCGCGAGGCCGCACUCCCGCUGACCUGGACCCGCGGCGAAGCCCGGCAGCGGCGAGGACAUGCCGGGGGCGAGGCGAAGAGCCUGGGCACCGGACGCCAGCCUCCGAGCCCGGGCAAUAGCGGCGGCGCCCUCCUCCCGUACGUGUCCAACAUGCUGGGCGGCCCACACCCCCAGAUCUUCAUGUGCCCGCUCUGCAACAAGGUGUUCCCCAGCCCGCACAUCCUGCAGAUCCACCUGAGCACGCACUUCCGCGAGCAGGAGGGCGUCCGCGCCAAGCCAGCCGGCGACGUCAACGUGCCCACCUGCUCCAUCUGCGGCAAGACCUUCUCGUGCAUGUACACGCUCAAGCGGCACGAGCGCACGCACUCCGGCGAGAAGCCCUACACCUGCACCACCUGCGGCAAGAGCUUCCAGUACCGCAUAACCUGAGCCAGCCACGCCUGGUGCACAGCGGCGAAGCCCUGCGCCUGCAAGUGGUGCGAGCGCCGCUUCACGCAGUCCGGGGACCUCUACCGGCACAUCCGCAAGUUCCACUGCGAACUAGUCAACUCGCUCUCGGUCAAGAGCGAGGCGCUCAAUCUGCCUGCCGUCAGGGACUGGGCCCUGGAGGACAGCUCACAGGAACUUUGGAAAUGAGGCAGGCGAAACAAACAACACACACACACACACACACACACACACACACACACACACACACUCAAAUACAUGUGUGUGUUUGUGUAAAAACAGAAAUGAACAGAACUGCUUUUUAAGUUAUAAAGCUAAAACAUUUGAAAUGGCAUUUGUUCUGAAGAGAAGGUAUAA